AUGAAUCCUCCGUGUGCACGGUGUAAGAAAACCGUCUACCCGAUGGAAAAACUGAACUGUCUUGACAAGGUGUGUUGGCUCGCUGUGAACAUUAAUAUGAGAUCCAUUACAUGCGCGUGCAAGUAAUAACGAACGCUUACGUACUUACUGUCCGAAUCUAACAUAUGUACUGUUCCGUUUUUGUUAUUUUUUCCCAAAGUAUUGGCACAAGGGUUGUUUUACUUGCGAGGGUUGCAACAUGACUUUAACAAUGAAGAAUUACAAGGGAUACAACAAAUUGCCUUACUGCAAUGCGUAAGUUUAAGCUUAAAUAUUUUAAGUGCUGCAUAUUUAUACUCUCUUUCUAUUCAUCCAUGCUUUGUCUAUCUGAAUGUUGUUAUUUAUGCUUUUAUAUAUUUCCAAUCUUAAUCUAACUAAUUGCUGAGACCCCUGUGUCUCUAGAAGGUUAGUCUUGCGUGUACUGCGCGCUGACAGCACAAGAUCCUUACAUUAUUUUCUUCCAUUUCCUCCACAUGCAUGUUCUCAGUUUCCAGAAACCAAGCAAGAUAUUUUUCAUCCUUUCUUCUUCGAUUAAACCGAAACAGCUCCGGAAUCUGUAUGCACUGAUUUAUAUUUCUUUUGUAUGUCUCUGUUUAGUUAACCUAAUAAUUCUUCCGAAUCGAUUCUGCUUGCAGGCACGUUUUAGAAUGUUUGAACGCAUUCUGGAAUGUAAUUUAAUGACCGCGUGCUAAAAUAUCUGUCAUCCAAAUAAUUUUUACUCUAUUUUAUACUGCUGAAAGCAACUCCCAAAACUGACGUUAUGCCAUAAAUUGGAAUCUAUAAGUGCACUAAAGCUAAUUAUGUUGUACGGCGUGUGUACACAAGAUAUUGCAGCUGUAGUUUUCUUGUGUUACGUACGGGUUUGCUUCAGUCAACCGUCACACCCUUUACAUCUUAGAAUUUAACGAUCAGUCUGUUACAAAGGUUAAAGGUAAUUCUUGCGGAUCGCAUAGAAAAUACUAAGAAAUUCCUAUUAUCUUUUAGUUACUGUUCCCACUACUAUCUUAGCAAAAGUUUAACUUGUCCAACUGUAAUGUUUACAUAAAGAUUGUGUGAAAUGCUUUCGAUGUCUCACACACGUUAGUGAAAUGUUAUGUCUGGACCAUUCAUCGUCAAUAAAUAAAUACUCACUAAACGUGGAAUAAGUGUCUGGAUGAAUAGGCUGUGCGUAAAUUUAUGUAUUAAAACUAUUUUUUUCAUGUCACUUAAGACUUUUUUUACUGACAAAUUCAUAAAAUUAUGAUGUAUUGUACAAAAAAUUUAACAGUCAGCAUUUUGUCCUAUGGUUAAGUCUUCUGUAAGGAAGUAAUGUUUUGGGUUUACCUCGCUGUAAAAACCUGUGAAGUUUUUCUUUGUUUUCUAGCUAUUAUUUUCCUUGGCUCUAAUGUGUUGACUUCUCAGUGGCUUCCUUGCACUCAUUUUUUCACAUCAGCCGUGAGUUUCACAGGAUUUUACACCAAGGAUGAGCCAAUGUUUUGUUAUCCAUGAAGACAAAGCAAAACCCAGGAAGUGAUGGAUCCUUAAAUCUUUUUCUAGUGGUACCGUGGUUCUCCAGCCUCUCUCUUUUUCCCCCAAUACCUUGAUGAUAAUGAUGAUAAUAAUAAUAAUAAUAAUAAUAAUAAUAAUAAUAAUAAUAAUAAUAAUUUAAAAUUGAAUACAAAACAUACUUUGUUAAACCCUUCUCAAAUUGAAAAUUAAAUACAAAUUUAGUAUAACUAUAGUUAAAAAAUAAAUAAUAAUAGUAAUGAUAAUAAUAAUAUUUCCUUUAUUUACCCUCAGCAGUAUUUAUAGCUCUUAUUCUAGUGGGGCUGAGCAAAUGACACAAACAAAUAAUUCAAAUCAAACAUAACAGUGUUAAGAAUCUGAACUGGCUGGAGGCAAGCCAGCUAGCAGUUAGGAACAGUUAGGGAUUUCUUUUGGUUUCACUUCAGCCGUGAAAGCCCAAUCCAGCUCUUGGUAUUCAGAGAGUGAAGUGUGGCAUGAAGCCAGAGAGUGGGAAAAAUAAGAAAGAGAUAGAGAGGAGUAUCACAACUCCCCCUUCCUCCUCUCCCUUCCUGUUUUUCUUUCUCAUGGAUGUUGGCACCACCCCCACAAUCUGAAUAACUGGAACACAGUUUGAAAAUUUAUACCAGAGAACCUUCUCACAUGCUCUUAUAUUUCUAACAUAUACAUUAUAUGUUGCUUAUUUCAGACAUUACCCAACUACAAAAUUCACAGCAGUGGCUGAUACCCCAGAAAAUAAAAGGCUGGCAGCAAACACCAAGAAACAAAGUAAUGUAAGUCCUUUUUUUUAUUAUUUUGCUCUAAUUUACUACUAUCUGUUCAUUAUCGCCCUGAGUCCUCUCUGUUCUCAUUUGUGCGUUGGACAGGAGAAAACAUAAUUUCAAAAUGGUUGAAGUUCUUGCUCGCGUUUCUGUAACCAGAAAUAGAGCAGGGCUGUCAUUUAGAUUUCAAGUUGCCAGUUAAAUUCAGCAAGUAUGCAGUAAAUUAAACAGUUAGGGAUUUCUUUUGGUUUUAUUUUCUACUAUUUUCAUAUGAAAGUAGCUGGGGGUCAUUUUCCUCAUAGACAGGGAAUCCCCAGCCCCUGGCCCCUGGUGACAGCUAUGAGAGAGGGUGAUUAGCCCCAAGCUCAACCCCACCCUGGAGUAUCCAGGGGCUGUUCUUCCGUAUCUCCUGACCAAUCCAGCGUGUUUAAGCUUACCAGGGACCAGAGUGUCCCAGCUGGCUUAGCCCCAAGGCUCAUUUAGAUAUGAACACAAGUUUUACAAGAGCAAGAAGAGAUCACUGUAUUUGCAGGCUAGGCUACACUACAAGAAAAAUUGAUAGGAGCCUGGUGCUCUGAACCUGUGAAGUCCAGGAUGUCUAGCAUACAUGAGGUCUUUUUUAAACUGAGUUUUGGUAGUUGCUCAAAACGAAAAGUAAGGCACCAGCAAUGUUCUCCUUAUCAGGCAGUAACCGGUAAAAUUUACCGCCUGAAGCAACACUUCUUACCGUCUGCAACUGCUUGAAGGUUUACUAAAAUUAGAUAAGUACUUUUAAUUAAAAAAUACGCAAGUGGCAUGAUCUGAUCAAGGAAUGAAAACAUACUAAAGUAUACUCAGCUUGUCUUUUUUUGGAAUGAGAACAGUGAAUACAGAGUAAAAUUGUUGGGAUCAAAAUAAAUGUGUUAAAUAAAUAAUUUAUUUAAAACAUUUGAUCCCAAUAAUUUUACUGUGUAUUCACUGAAUUAACAACAAGUGUUGUCUAAAGAUAUCAAUGGCCGAUUUCCGUAAUGAGGGAAAGACGUUUCAAAGAACAUAGCUUCUCCUAGGGUGGGGCCAUAUCUCUCACUCCACUACCCCCUUCCCCCCAGAAAAGUGCUCCUCUGGCGCAGAUUUUUUGCCUUAGAUGCCAUGAAUGGUCCCUUACCUGCUGUGCUAAAAUUUAGUGAGAACACUGACCAGGCGCCACCAGGUGCUGCUAGAGCACAGCCCUAAGCGUGUGGAGAGAUUUGUCUUACAGUGUGGACACUCAAACCAGGAGACUUGGAAGAAGAUUGUCCAAUCACUGCGAUUUCUGAAAACAGAAGAUUCUCGAGGUUUUUUGCAGAUGGACCAAUAAGAUUCAAGGUUUAUCUAUGCAAGCACUGAACACUUUGAAACCUUUUAACUUACCUGACCUCUCAGGAAACAGCCCUCAAAUUUAUUAGUGUUAUUGGUCCAUUUUGUUUUCAGGAAACUUUGUGAUUGGACAGUCUUCUUUGUACUGUCCCGGUUUGAGUGUCUGCACCAUAAGCACUGUUUCUUUUUUUUUUUUUUUUCAACCCAUGUUUAAUUAAGUUUCACUGUCAUACAGAUUGAGUAUCAUAAGAAAUUUGAAGAAGAGAGAGGACACUACACUUCUGUUCCUGACGAUCCUGAAACAUUACGAGCACAGAAGAGUAGUAGCAUGGCUAGCCAAGUAGCUUAUUCUCAUCACUCAUCAGGACAGAGUCGUCUUGGUAUACAGCAGCGGUCAGAAGCUGGUAAGCAAUGAUGUUACAUUGAAACACUCUAGAACAGUAGCCUGAAUUUCAGCCGUCUCCUGGAAUCGAACACUUCAGAGAGAGAUAUCUGAAUCAAUGACUCAGUCGCGAGGACUGUCUAGUGAUGUCACUACCCCUUUGUUUUAAUUCAUGCCAAACUUAAAACCUGUGAACAAACUGUAAAUUAAGACAUCUCCCUAAGGAGUGCACAACUCAAGGAGACAGCUAAGCUAAAAGAAGCCAUUAAUAAUGUUAACAAGUCAUUAAUUUUACAAGCAAGUUAUGAGUCACUGUAACACUGAUAGAGCUUAGGUAAAAUUUGUUCUAGCUGGAGAGAGUGAUGCCUUUUGGUCUUUCCUUGCCUUUUAGAAGUGAGACAAAUCCAGCAACAGCGCCGAAUGUCUCAGGAACAUCCUUUAGCGUAUGAACAGCAGCCACCUCGGCAAGUUGCUCCUCCUCCGGAGCCUCAAUUUAGUGCCCCACCACCACCCAGUGGAACGGUUUGUAUCCAAUCUGUCUCAAACUUAGGGAUUUAAUUAACUCUCUACGCAAGUACCCAGGAAAGUUCCUAAGAGCCGGCUGCCAGCUUUUAUUUCAUUGGCUGAAGUAGAACUUACCACCGGCGCAAAUUGCUCUGAAGAACAAAGAUGUGAAAUUUUCAAGUUGCUGUUGAGUAAAAUAGCCUGCUUGACUGAUAAAAAAGCCUACCUGAAUUAAGUUGACACCUAGAAGCUGGGUUAGUUAGAAAUCAGCACUGCAUUCAUUUUUUUUUUGGCCAGCUUCUCUCCUUGUCGAGGUGUAGUGGCUGAGCAGUUAACACCUGAUACUUCAGAUCUGUAGAUUGAAGCCUCACAUUGACAUUGUUUCUGAAGACAGGUAGUUUUCUCCAAUAUGUUUGUCUUCACCAGAUAUUAUGGGUACCGAUGACCUACUGCUGGGAGUAAUCAUAUGUACCUGGGCUAUUUCUUUGAUUCUAUAUUAAAUCCCCCAGACCCUAAGAUUGACCAACUGUCAAUUUCUCCUUGUAGUAAAACUGCUCAAUCGAACAUUGGUGUUGAUUUUUAAGCAAACUCUCCUCAUUAGCACCAUAGGAAAUGUAAAGGGGAGAGUGGUAAGAAUAUGCAUGAUGAUAUGAGCAAAAUCAGCCACCUAUUUCAGCAAUAAAGCUUACCACUUUAAAUGGUUUGACAACCCUGCAUGAAGUUAAUCCCCACUUGUAAUCUUUUGACUCUUUAAGUUGGACAGCUCUCUAAGGUACUCGUUCUUGAUGUCAGUGGAGUUGUUCUUAGAAACUAAAAUCCUGUCAUCUUUGUACCUCCGAGUGAUGAUCCAGGGGUGGGGGGAGGGCACUGUUCUUCAUGAUGGGAAUCUGAUGAGGUGGCAAUUAUUUAUUUGUACAUUCUCAAGUUGAAACACUAUUUUUUUUUUACAUUCAGAGGUACAUUGCAAUUUACGAUUACACAGCUGCUGAUGAUGACGAGGUCAGCUUCAAUGAAGGAGACAUUAUAGUAGACGCAACAGUUAUUGACGAGGGCUGGAUGGAAGGACGUGUUCAAAGGUCUGGCCAGUACGGAAUGUUGCCAUCAAAUUAUGUGGAGAAAAUAUAAUUCAUGGGUCAAGUUCUACUUUGCCGCUGAACAAAAGAUGGCUGCGUGACUAUGAAACUUAGGGACUGUAUGAAAUUAUCAUGGUGGCAUUUGGCAGCAUACGAUCAGAACAGUAUUCUGAGUAGUCUUAGGUCUUAACUUAUGGUGUAUACUUAGUCAUGCACUGAAUUGAUCUUGCAGUGACUCACUGAAUGUCCACGUUGUCCAGAUAGCACUCUUUGUUAAAGUGAAGUCAACUGAAACUCUUCGGUAAUUUUCACUCAGGUGUUAUUUUCAGUUUGAAAAUUAUUGUCCUCAUGAUUAUUGUCGUCCUUGUCAUGGUCUUUGUUGUCGGCAGGUCAGGAGUUUCAUUCUUAGCUAGUCAGAAGUCUGCUCUUGGCCAAAAGAGUAUUAAAGCUAAAGACCUUUUGUCUUUAGUAGUGUGUAAUAAUAUUAUUUUAUUUAUGUCAUUGCAAGGUCAAUUCAAUGCAUCUCAUUGUCUCAAGUAUAUAUCUUCAAUUUUGGUGAAGUUUUCGUGAAAUUUAAGAAAGCAAAUAUGUCUUAAAGAAUGCUUUGCGCAGUAAGAUACAGUAGUUUUUU